CUUCCGACCCGGACGGGCACUGGCUGCAUUUCACCCCGAUCUGCAGUGGAUCCCUUCUAAUUCCCUCUCCCUGGACUUCACGUGCUCCCAGGGAUUCCUGUGAUUAGGGCCCUUCGGGUGGGAGUCGGGAGACGUGGGUUUCAUUCCCGCCUGCGCCACCGGUUGGCAUUCUGACCUUGGCUGGAUACGCCCUUCCGUGGGCUUCCGCUCCCUUAUUUAGUGAUUGUGAGCUCCUUAAUGGCAGGAACAAUGGGCUUCCCUGUUGACUCAGCUGGGACUAUAUUCAGAAUCUUGGAAGCACUGCCAAUAUGUCUGAUGUUCAAGAAGCCACUAACCAGCUCCUGGAUGUGAAUCUUCAUGAAAACCAGAUGUUUAUACAAGUGACUGCAAGUGGCCCCAGAAGUGAGUCUGAGCAUCUCCAAGUCACUAUUGGUGCCACUGUGCCUACUGGUUUUGAGCAAACAGCUGCAGAUGAAGUGAGAGAGAAAUUGGGGUCAUCAUGCAAAAUCAGCAAAGACCGGGGAAAGAUAUAUUUUGACAUUUCAGUGGACAGUCUGGCUCAGGUUCAUUGUCUGAGAUCAGUUGAUAAUUUAUUUGUGGUUGUUCAGGAGUUUAAGGAUUACCAGUUCAAAGAAACAAAGGAAGAAGUUCUAAAGGAUUUUGAGGAAUUGGCUGGGAAGCUUCCAUGGUCAGACCCUUUAAAAAUAUGGAAAAUUAACACAUGUUUCAAGAAAAAAAAAACAAAGCGCAGAAAGAUAAAUCCGAAUUCAAGUAAACAGAAGAUUGAUAAUGGACGAGGAGACACAACAGUUGAGAAGGAUGUUAAAAAAGAGUUAACUAACAGUGUCUCAGAUUCACAGAUCUCAGACUGUUAUGAAAAUCCAGCCAUCAAAGAGGAGGUAUCAACAUCAAUAGGUGAUGAUUUGACAUCUUGCAAAGAUAAGACUGAGGAAAACUCAAAAGAAGAAGCUGAUCCGGAAGUGCUGAAGUUUAGAGUCACAUGCAACAGGGCAGGAGAGAAACACUGCUUUUCCUCAAAUGAGGCAGCAAGAGAUUUUGGGGGUGCUGUUCAAGAUUAUUUUAAAUGGAAGGCUGAUAUGACCAACUUUGAUGUGGAGGUUCUUUUGAACAUCCAUGAUAAUGAAGUUGUUGUGGGCAUUGCGUUGACAGAGGAGAGUCUCCACCGAAGAAAUAUCACACAUUUUGGACCCACAACUCUUAGAUCUACUCUUGCUUAUGGGAUGCUCAGGCUCUGUGCACCUCAGCCCACUGAUAUAAUAGUUGAUCCGAUGUGUGGAACGGGGGCAAUACCAAUUGAGGGGGCUACAGAAUGGUCUAACUGUUAUCAUAUUGCUGGUGAUAAUAAUCCAUUGGCUGUGAAUAGAGCUGCAAAUAACAUCUCAUCUUUAUUGACCAAGAUCCAAGUUAAAGAAGGCAAACUGCCCUUGGCCUUGCCCAUAGAUACUAUUCAGUGGGAUAUCUGCAACCUGCCACUAAGAACUGGCUCUGUAGACAUUAUUGUAACAGACAUGCCAUUUGGAAAAAGGAUGGGCUCCAAGAAGAGAAACUGGAACCUUUAUCCAGCUUGCCUGCGGGAGAUGAGCCGUGUCUGCAGACCAGGGACAGGCCGAGCUGUACUACUGACUCAGGACAAGAAAUGCUUUGCCAAGGCAUUAUCUGGAAUGGGACACCUAUGGCGGAAGGUGCAUACUGUUUGGGUUAACAUAGGGGGUCUUCAUGCUGCAGUUUAUCUCCUGAAACGUACACCUCAAAGUUUUGUUCAUCCUUCAGAACAAGAUGGAGAAAGAUGUCCUUGGUAAUACAAAGAUUGAAAAUGA